AUGUUCAUUUUUGGUGAAUGGUAUAUGGGCAAUUUUGAUAAUCCUCUAUUGAAUGAAGCAUUACGCUUUUCCAAUCAAUCAGGUAUUUCUCAACUGAAUUUUUUACUUAAUCGAGCACUACGUGAUGUAUUUAUAUACAACCAUUCAUUCCAUGAACUAAAUUCAGUUAUCAAUCGUUUAUCGAAAGAUUAUGAACAUGCUGGACAUAACAUGGUAACAUUUAUUGAUAAUCAUGAUAUGGCAAGAUUUUUAACAGAAAAUAAUGAUCGUCAAGCAUUACAUCAAGCACUCGUUUUUCUUUUUGCACAAAGAGGUACACCAUGUGUCUACUAUGGCCUAGAGCAGUAUUUGCAUGAAGAUAUGAAUGGUGGAAGUGAUCCAUGGAACCGUCCAAUGAUGCCCAGAGGUGGAUUUGAUAGAAAAAGUGAAGCAUUUCAACUGAUCAAACGAUUGGCACAGUUGAAACAAACAUUACCGGCUCUCAAAUGGGGUGACUAUCGAGCUAUACAUGUAUCAGAUGAUGUUCUUGUCUAUGAAAGAUAG